AUGAAUUAACCAAUAUCGCUAAAUUGUCAAAAUCCAAAAAAAGGAUACCUUAUUUAGAAAGGAAUAAGUAAAGUUAAUGAGAAUCCAAAGGAAAGACAAUCAUUUGCAGACUAUGUGAAUUCUUUGUCAGAAUCAUAACAACAAAUGCUCAUUCAUAACAAGUCUCCUAGAAAAGAAUCAGUACCUAAACGACAUCCCACUCUCCCUAAAUUAGAAUUGCCUUCCCCAGAUAUAAUGAAUAAAAGAUUUGUUGUAAAUGUUGGAAAAUGUCCAAUAAAUAAUAAUUACCAAUCACCUAUUUAUAGACCUAGUGUGUUACAAUCCAAUUAACAUUAAUUCCAUAACAUAUAAUCUCCUAGACACAAUUCAUUUGAGAUUAGGAAGUCUCUCAUUCCUCAAUAAAGAUUGUUGCCUAUCCAUCGAACUUCGGUCAAUAAUAUAAGUGGAAGAAGCGUAAGGGAUGAUGAUAUGAGUUUGUUCUAUUAUAAAAUUGGUGGAGCAGAAAUUGUAGAUUAACUUAAUGAGGAAUUUCACAAUUAUUCAAUUCAACAUGAAAUGAUUUCAAGUAAGUAUUUAUAAUAUAUAUAGAGAUUGAUGAUUUAGAAAGAUAUAAAUAAAGAUUUAAGACAUUUUUGGAAUAUAUAAUGGGAAAGCCUAUUUUUUAUAAUCUAGAACAAUUGAAAGAAAAACAUAAAGAUUUAGGACUUAAAAAUAGAGAUUUCAAUUAAUUCAAAAACUAUUUGAUUGUAAUAAUGAUUACAUAAUAUAAUUUAGACAUGCUUUUUAAAAGUUAAUAAAGGACAAUUAGAUUUUGUAUUUGAAUUUAGUUCUAUGAUUGAACAAUAUCGUUAUUGUAUUAUAAAUAGUAAUACUCCAUUUGCUAUAAUUUACAACCAGAGAACUGAAAAAUUAAAUACAAAAGAUGUUCCUGAUACAAUCUUGUAAUUAGCUUAGAGCAGUUAUCAAAAGAUUUUCUAAGACAAUACUUUAGCACCAUAUUUUAUAGGAAUUGAAAUUAAAUAGUAAGCUAGAAAAUUAGGAAAGAUCUUAUCUUAAUUAAUGGCUUGGGAAUAAACUAAUGAUCAAGUAUUGGUUGAUAUGAGAUAUUCUCAUAAAGGAAUGCAUUUAACAAAUGUACAUUUCACACUAUUUAAAUAACAUUUGAUUGAAUCUAUGCGUUAAUUAAAUAUACAAGAAAAAUAAAUAGAGUUAGUAACAACUAGAAUGGAUGGUUAUAGAAGUUACAUCAUUAAUUAAGACUCUUUACUUGAUUAUUAUGGAGAAUAAUCUUCCUUAUUGUAAGUUUAAUAGAAGAAAUAUGUGUAAUUGUUGAAAAGGGAUGUUAGAAUGCAAAAUUAUCCAACAAUUGCAUUGGAAAGACAUUCAUAAUUUUUAUUGAGAUAUCUUACACAUUAACAUCUACCAACCUUAACAAAAAAUGAUUUAUGGACUAUCCAUUCGAAAUAUAAUAUAGCAAUUGAAUGGAUUGAUUCUUUUCGUGAUAACUUUUUUCAUCUUAUUAAAAGUCUAAAUUUAAAUGCUUUAAUUAUUUAAGAUUAUGAAGAUAUCUGGUAUAAACUGAGAAAAAAUCUAACUUAAUACCAUUCAAUUGAAAGUAGAAUUGGUAAGAAGAAAGUGGAUCUUGUUAUAGCUAAAGUUUAAUUAAAAUUGUAAGACAAUGAAAAUUAUACAGAAUAUUUUAAGAAUGCCAAUUACUAAAUGAAUUUACAUUUGCAUAGAAUUAUUGCUUUUAUUCUUAAAGAUUAAUAAAUAUACAACUCAAAUGAUUUAAAAGUCAUUCAUUAAUCAUUAAAAAUUAGAGAAAGUACAUUUAAUUUGUUUGUUUAAUUUCUUAAAAAUGCUAUGCAGGAAGAAGCAAUUUGUUCAAGUUUAAUUGCAUAAGCUGAAGAAAUUUGUAAUUAUUAUAAAAAGAGUAUAUGUACUUGA